AGUGCAGUCCUGCACUCAGGUGGAAACUUCAAAGAACGCCACACUCUUACAGCACCAGACACAGAGCAGAGUGAGGCAACAUGAAUUCAGGUAAGGUGCAGUACUCUGGAGUGAAGAGCAGUGACAAUAUUCAAAGUGUGGUCACUGACGACAGCUGUUACUCCAAGAAGAAGCGAUAUGUGAGAAAAGAUGGAAGCUGUAACAUGGUACCACGGCACGUUCCAGAAAAGUGGCUUCUGUGGGUCACUGACAUCUUCACCACCCUGGUGGAGAUCCGCUGGAGGGUCAUGCUCUUAACAUUUGCCCUGUCCUACAUUUUAUCGUGGCUGUUUUUUGGAAUUAUAUUCUGGAUCAUUGCAUUGACCCAUGGCGAUAUGAAAAACCCCAACAAUGAGCCAUGCAUUUAUGAGGUUCGGAGUUUUACAGCUGCUUUUCUUUUCUCAUUAGAGACCCAAACCACUAUUGGUUAUGGCUUUCGGGGGAUGUCUGAGAACUGCAUGAUCGCCAUCAUCGUAGUUACCAUCCAAGAUGUCAUUAGUGUCUUCAUUGACACUUUUGUCAUUGGCAUUGCCGUUGCCAAGAUGGCGUCUGCCCGUAAGAGAGCCCAAACGGUUGGAUUUAGCAAGAGUGCAGUGAUCAGUAUACAUGAUGGUCACCUAUGCCUAUCAUGGCGGGUCGGGGACUUCAGAAGGAACCAUAUGGUAGAAGGAACUGCUAAUGCACAGGUAAUAGAGUUCCAAGCAAACAACAACACAGGGAAAGUUGACAUUAUAUACAAAGACCUCAGCAUUGAAGAGAGGAGCGUGAUCUUAGCCACCCCAACAACUAUUGUUCAUAAAAUACUUCCCGGCACUCCUUUAUACAAAAUGAGCUUAAAGGAUCUAAGAAAAGAGAGCUUCGAACUAGUGGUCUCUUUCACCUACACAGACGAUUGCACAGGCAUCCUUCACCAGACGCGCACAUCCUACACUCCAAGCGAGAUUCUGUGGGGCCAGAACUUUCAGGAGAUGAUCAGGGUCACCCGCAAGAACUACAGAGUGGACUACGCCCUAUUCAACCACACGGUUAAAGUCCCGGUGCCAGAAUUAAGUGCAGAGGAGUAUGACAUAAAAAAGUACUCUCAACAGCCAAAACACAAACCGCUCCACAUAUGUUCACCAGCGGCGGCUGUGGAAUUGGUUAAUGGGAAUAAUCUUGAGGCAGAAAAAGCAUCCACUAGCAGUGCUGUCCAAGAACAUAAACUAUAACUGUGGCCUCGAUACAGCCUGUCCUCUGUAAUAGCACUUUGAAAUGGGGUCUUCUAUAGGCAUCACCUAAAAAAUUAAACAUUUAUAGUUUGAUUUAGACUGAGGGCCAGAUUUACUAUACAGGACAAAUUACUGAGUGUACUUCUGACAAUGUGUGAAUUAGAGAACAGAGACGGAGCUGUUUAUUUACAUAAAGCAGAGUAUAAAACAGCACAAAUUAGGCUACAAACAAGCAGUGCCAUUUAUGAUCGGGUGCAGGUAAUACUAACAACACAGACCUAAAACAGGAUAACCCAGCCGUAUCUCGCGUGGAAACAGAUCAUAUAAAUUUAUAAGUAUUAGACCUUAAAUCAAAAAGUUACGAUUUGCCGAUGGAUGGAUGGAUGGAUGGAUCGGAUGGAUGGAUGAAUGGAUGGAACAGAUGGAUGGAUGGAUGGAUGGAUGGAUGGAUGGAUGGAUGGAUGGAUGGAUGGAACGGAUGGAUGGAUGGAUGAAUCGAUGAAUCAGAUGGAUGGAACGGAUGGAUGGAUGGAACGGAUGGAUGAAUGGAACAACUGGAUUGAACGGAUGGGAUAGAUGGAUGGAAUGACUGAAUGGAUGGAUGGAAUGAAUGGAUGGAACAGAUUUGUACAAAUUCAUACAAUUCAAACAUACGACAGGAGGCUUGCCUCCAAACCCCACCCCUAAACCUACCCAUCAUCGGGGGAUAAGCAUCAUACUAAAAUAUAUACUGGAUGGAACAGAUGGAUGAAACAACUGGAUGGAACGUAUGAAUGGAUGGAUGGAACGGAUGGAUGGAUGGAUUGAACGGAUGGAAGGAUGAAAUGACUGGACUGAACAGAUGGGAUGGAUGGAUGAAAUGACUAGAUGGAAGGGAUGGAUGGAUGAAUGGAACAGAUGGGAUGGAUGGAUGGAACGACUGGAUGGAUGGAAUAACUGAAUGGAUGGAACAGAUUCAUACAAAUUCAUACAAUUCAAACAUACGACAGGAGGCUUGCCUCAAAACCCCACCCCUAAACCUACCCAUCACUGUGGGAUGAGCAUCAUACUAAAAUAUACAAAUGAGAUCAUACAAAUUUGUAAGUAUUAGAUAUUAAAUCAAAAGGUUAUGAAUUGCCAUGACAUUGCGUUGAAUAACCCAUGCUUUAUCGGCACAAAUACUACCCAGCAAACAACUUUGUGUUUAAUAGACAUCUAAACGUAGACAGCUUGGCUAAAACAAGGCAAAACUUGGGAUGUCAGUGAAAAUCUAAUAGACAUCUAAGAAUAGCCCAAAACUAGACUAGUAAUCAAAUAGACAGAUUAGACUGUAUAUGUGUAGUCAUUCAUUUCCGUUUAUUUGAUGACUAAUCUAGUUUUGUCCUAUUCUUAGAUGAUCAGAUUUUCAUUGACAGCCCAAAUUAAGCCUUGUUUUAGCAUAUGUUUAGACGUCUAUUAGACAUCUAUUAGGCAUCUUUUAAAAACUGGGUAGUAAACUGACUAUAGUAACCAACUUUAAUGAUUUUUUUAAAUAGAACAAUCUCAUAAAUUGUUAGCCUGUAAAAAAACCACCUACAAAUAAAUUGACCUCCAAAAGUAACUGUUCAGCAAAAUACUUUUCACCACUGAUUUUCUUACAAUAUGCUGUUAGUAAAUCCAGACAGUUGUUUUUAAUGCAAAAAAGUGGUUAGUAAGUAAAUCUGGCCCAUACUGUUGUGAUGCAGAAUGCAUAUUUAAAAUAGAUUUAAAAUAAUAUUAAGGUUGUGUUUAUAAAUAUAGUACUUUAUUUCUUCUCUCUCUCUAUAUAUAUAUUUACCAAUCUUGCACAAACUCAAUAUGCAGCAGCAGGACACACACACACAUCUAUACUGAUAUCACAGAUUCAGAUGUGAAUUACAGACUCUUCUUUCUUUGAAGUUUCUUUGAUAUCCCAAGAUGUAAAAAAUAAGACUUCCUUGAUUCAAUUAUGAGCCCAAACCCUCAACCUACAUAAGAGGGAGUGGAUCAAUUAUAAUGACAGUGACGUUAACCUGAGCAGGUAAUCAGUCACUGUGUUUCUUUGGUAUUAGGUGAGGAAGUGCAGAUUGUUGUUUCACCUUAUUUUGCAAAGUGGUUAACCUAUUAUUUUUGUCUCAAUUUUCAAUACUUGGAAAGCAUUCAUCUACUGCCCAUAAUACAAUCUGACAACUGAUUAACCGUAUGAUGUGUGAUUAUUGAGAGAUCAAUUCUGCAACAUUUACAUUAGAGUUUGAGUUAUAGUUACUUUAUUUAUGCUAAUCAGAUUAUUAAAUGUAAAAUCAGAUUACAAAAAUAGUAAAAAAAUAUAUAUAUAUCCUUUUAUAAUAGUAUUAGGUAAAAUUACUGUUGUUGUCACAUUUUAUAGCUGUUAAAUAAUACACUGAUGUGACUACUUUGACCACAUCCAGUAAUUUGGCAUGACAGAAAAGCUCAAGAUGUCCUCUUCAAGACAGGCAGACAGACUUAAAACAGUGGCAUGUAUGGUCUCGGUGAUAUUAACAAAAAACAUAUGUCUACUAGAGUGAAUAAAAUUGCUGGGUCUCAGGAGGUUUUCCUCCGAAACUGAAGUCUCCAGCCCUCCACCUUGUGGUUGGAUGCAGUGCUGUCCAAGCAUCGCCUCAAAUUAGGCUGAAAGGUAAACAGAGGCCGGACAGCUCACGCACCACAUUUUGUCUAUAAAUAGACUGUAUUAUUUAUAGACUCGAACAGGAAAGUAACUAAAAUAAGCACUUUGCAACAGCUUCACAAAUAAAAGUUUCACACGGCUCAUUAGUUAUGAUAAGUAAGCAGUGUGUGACACGCAGCAGCCGGGAAGGGCAAAGGCCUGUGGAACACUUGCUGCUUGGUUUUCAUUGGACCACUUAUAAAGAAACGGAGAAACAUUCCUCUGACUGAACAGUAAAACAUCAUUAAUUAAUUUUACAUUGGUCUUGAAUUACUGAUUCCCUUCAAUACAAUACAAGAACUAAUGAAGCCUAAAUACUUUCUGAGUAGUGUUGAUGAUUCA